GUUGUCUUUAAUGUCAGUCGGCGCAGGUCUUUGGUUGUGGUAGUAUUUUUUCGCAAAUUGUGUAAAGAAGCCGAAGGAAUUUAAAGAAGUUUUUUUGUGGAAGAAUUUUGCUUAGAAAAAUUAAAUAAAAUCCACAGAAAAGUGUGAAAAAAUAAAAUUAUUAUACAAAUAAAAUCAAAAUGAGUGGAAUGGAUAAAAGAAAAUUAUCGACAGCUGGAGAUUCACUAUAUGAAAUAUUAGGACUUCCUAAAACAGCAACAGCUGAAGAUAUAAAAAAGACUUAUAGGAAACUUGCUUUAAAAUAUCAUCCAGAUAAAAAUCCAGACAAUGCUGAUGCUGCCGAUAAGUUUAAGGAAGUCAAUCGUGCACAUUCUAUACUAAGUGAUCAAACAAAACGUAAUAUUUACGAUAAUUACGGUUCACUAGGUCUUUACAUUGCUGAACAGUUUGGCGAAGAAAAUGUUAAUGCUUACUUUGUGGUAACAUCACCAGCAGUUAAGGCUUUGGUUAUUUGUUGUACAAUAAUUACCGGCUGUUGUUGCUGUUGCUGCUGUUGUUGUUGCUGCAACUUCUGUUGUGGCAAAUUUAAGCCACCAGCAAAUGAAUCACAUGAUCAGUAUUCACAUUUAAAUCGUGACGGUGAAGUUAGAGAAGCUAGUGAUCGUCCCCCAAAUAUGGGUCAACCUGAACGACUUGAGGAAGUUGAUUUGGAUGCAGAUCCAACCAUGUCAUCUCAAGGAAAUCAAGGAACUACAUCAAACGCAGGUGGUCAACCCGUAUUUGCAAUGCCACCACCACCGGCCACAGGUGUAAAUCCAUUUACUGGUGCUCCAGUUGCAGCCACAGAGCAAACUUCAUUGAAUACAACAGAGCAAACAACUUAUACCCCAGCUAUUUGUUGGAAAUAAUUCCUUUUAAUGUGUUUUAUCAUUAGUUUUUUGUUUUGGCAACAAAUUUUAUUUCUUAAAAAUUUUAUAAAAAAAAAUCUAAAAAUAAUGUAAAUCAAAACAUUUUCAUUGUUUCUUCAUGUGACAGUAAGUAUGUAAAGGUUUUGAAUAAGUUUUCCGCUAACAUUUUUAUUAAUUUAUAUCCUAAUAAAAGCUUAUUAUGGAAUGUUUUAAAAGAAGAAUGAAGUAAUUGUUAAAAGAGUUUGACACUGCCAUUUUAAACAUUAAGGGGCUUGUUCUUAAUACAAAACUGGCCGUUAACUAGCAAGUUGAUAUCUGUUUCUAAUAAAAACUUACAUAGGAAAAAGUUAGCAGCCAGUUAGUUAGCAGUGAGUUUUGUAUUAUGGAUAAGUCUUAUCCAGAUUCCUGCAAAUAAUAGAAUACAUAUGCACUUCAUUUAUAUUGGAGCUUCUAUUGAUUUAUAUUGAAAUACGUUUUUUUGAAAAGAUUUUGUUAGAAAAAUGUUUGGUAUCAAAACAAUUUCAUGCAAAAUUUGGUUCUAUAAACCUUUGUUAAAUGUUUAUUAAUAAACCUCUUACACUAUACAAAGUAUCUAAAAAAGACUGUUAGACUCUAACACCUUUUGACAUCUGUUGAAUGAAAUCCUAAAAUAGAGAAACAAAAAUAAUAUAAAGUGAGAGAAGAGAUGACGGUAAACAGGUCGGCUCCCAAUGGUUUCCAACCUAGAAAUUAUAACGAAUCAGUUCAUUAAAGAAGAAAGUGUAAGGGAAUCUAAAACUCUCUACAAAACGAAGAAAUCACUGAUUCUCCAGAUAAAACCUAAUAGACCGCGAGGCUAGAGUCCCGCAAUAUCCCAGCCAUUUCAAUCUGAGAUUCUGUAAUCUAUAUGGUCAAUUGUCUCGACAAAACCUAGUCGAAGAUAUGAAUGAUUCCCGUGAAGAAGUCUAAGAGACUGCGAUGCUAGAGACCCGUAAUAUCCCUGAGAUUCUGCAAUCUAUAUGCUCAAUUGUCUCUACAAAACCUAUGACUGAUUCCCGUAAAGAAACCUAAGAGACUGCGAAGCUAGAGUCUCGCAAUAUCCCUGUCGUUUCAACCUGAAAUUCUGUACUCUAUAUGUACAAUUGUCUCUACGAAACCUAGUUGGAGAAAUGACUGAUUCCUGUGAAGAAGAAUAAGAGCCUAAGAGACUGCGAAGCUAGAGUUCCGUAAUAUCCCAGCCAUUUCAACAAACCCUAGUUGAAUUCCGUGAAGAAGCCUAAGAGACUGCGAGGCUAGAGACCCGCAAUAUUCCAGCCAUUUCAAUCAGAGAUUCUGUAAUCUAUAUGCUCAAUUGUCUCUACGAAACCUAGUUGGAGAAAUGACUGAUUUCUCUUAUAAAGCCUAAUAGACUGCGUGGGUUGAGCGCCACAAUAUCCCAGACAUUUUAACCUGAGAUUCUGUACUCUAUAUGAUCAAUUGUUUCUAGCUUCUCGGCAUCUUCACAUAACCGGCCAGUAUGUAACAGUGCCACUUACUGGCAAAAGCCUUGUUUAAGCAAAGCAAGGACCCUAUCCAAUCCUUUUGUUGUUGCUGGGGUUGAUAUCCCUUGACCGAAUAAUUCGGAUCAUUAUGGUACGUAGAACCGGCUGUCGCGGGAAUGAUCCAGUUUUAAAGGUAUCUUGAUGAACUUUACAUCCAGUGUUGGCCAUAAGGUCUUUGCAAUCCGUUUUACUAUUUAAGGACUGUAAUAUUGACAGAUGGGUGGUUUUACUCCUUCUUCCUUUCACUUUUGUAUAGGUUAAAAAAUAAUCUAGCUAGUUCGUCUGCAACCUCAUUGUCAUGCACAUUGCAAUAUUCUCUUAAUGUCUCGAAAGGGUAUUUUUACAAUCCGAAACCAAGCAUGAAUGUUCUAAGGCCAGCUUGAGAUGGACCUAAAUUGUCACAAACAACACCAGAUCUAUAUGAUUCCGUAUCAGUUCCAUCGAUUUCUAGAUCGCUACGAUCUCUGCUUUGAACAUUCUGUUCGAGUACAUGCUGUAAUUUUUAUUUUUCAGAUAAUUUGAUGAAAUUGGAAUUCGCCUCUUUUUUCGCAUAAACAUGAAACCUAUUGAAAAUGAUGGGAGCUCAUUUUUAUGUAAAAAAACUUGGGUUUCUACAAAAACCGACACAACUAAGUUGUAUAUGAACCUUAACUGUCGAUGUUCAUAAUGACCGGGUUCUAGCCCCCAUAUGAACACCUUUUCAGAAUGAAAUACUUUUGAAGAAUUUUAUCUAUUUAUACUAAGGGCUCCACAAUUUGAAUUACAGUCCGUUUAAAUGUUAACUGAACAGUUAUUUAUAUUAAAGAUCUAUGUUUCUAGCUUUGAUUCUAUAUAAAUGCAUGUGUUAAUACCGGAUACGUAGGGAUUAUAUUCAAGACUCUCUAUCUUAAAAAGCACUUAAAUAUUUCAAUAAUAAGAGAUAGCGACUAUUGAGUGCAGUCCCUCGAUAACACAGGCCAACAAAUCUUUAACCAAUGACUAGAUUAUAAAGGAUCAACUCAUGACAUAAAAUAAAUUCGAUGUGUACGAACAUCUCUGUCUAUUCUAGUCGACCGUCUAUCACUCCUAUCAGAAUUCUAAUACUCCUACUGUCCAACCUUAAUAGUAUACUCGUUGCCUUGGCAUUCUAAAUCGGUCAUAAGGACUUGGAUACCCUGUUAUCCAUCCUACUGUGUCAGGAAUGGUUAGUGGAGCUCCUUAAUUUAUUGGGGAUUAACCUGCAGUAGUAGCAGGUAGAAGGUUUCACCGACCUAACUCCACUAUUAGUGUUCAGUACUAAACUGGAAUGAACUACAUAACAUUUCAAGACCUUACUAUUCUUAAUAACCUUCUAAUUUGUGUCUUAAUCAGUUCCGGUUGUGGGGUAACACUUAGCGCCAUCCUGUAGAAAGCUCCCUUUUAACUCGGCUAAAUCACAUAAACACUAACCUAUUAAAUAAGAAAUAAGCCUUAUCAAUGGACAUUGUGUCGAUUAUGUAUAUUAGUUGCCAUUUCAGGUUGCGUUGCCAGUUCCAAGUUCCCAAAAUGAAAUUAAUUUUGCAAUAAAACUUUAAUGACUGAUUUUGAAAGACAUUUUGGUUAAUUUGGUGGCGAUGUUCAAACCUUAAUCUAUUCGUGAUGAUUUGCCAGAUUAUACUGUUUAUAAAUGGCAAAAAGUGAGCUCAACAUAACAGUUAAUAUGACAGUAAAGUAAGUUCUAUCGGGCCCAAAAAACAUCUAUCACUUUUCUGAAGAUUCAAGCUGCGCAGAAUCUAAAUUUUAUCUCAGAAUUUCACUACUCAAUAAGACAAUAGUUAAGGGUUUCAGAUAAAAAUCAUUUCGAGUUUUUAAAAGGGCUCCUAUAUGGCGAAAACGUGGUUUUUACUUUUAGGCGAAGUUAUCUCGAAAUUUAAAUAGUGAGGUUAGAUUCAGAUUUAGCACAGCUUAAUCCUUUAGAUAAGUGUAUUCUAGUCCCAAGGUUUCGUUAUUUUUGUAAUAUGGUCGCCCUGUAUAAUUACUUAAUUACUUUAAGCAAAAUGCGAAAAGUUUAGGCGGAGUUAUAUCGAAACUUUUGAUUGAUAAAUUGUGAGGUUAGACAUGAAUAUUUCAUAGUAGAAGAUAUGAUAUUAAACUCUUUAUGAAAUUUCCAUCUUUAAUAAGGAUGAUUGUUACCAAAAUGUAUUAAUAUCCUUAAAAAGGAACAACUUUGAUAUUAAUUUUGUAUUUGAAGUUUAAGAAAAGGAAAGUAUUGGCUUUAGAAACUUGAAAUUUAAACCUUUAGUUAGCUAAAGGAUACCUUAGAGUAUUAUGUUAGAGUAUUUUUUAUAAUUUUGAGCCUGUUCGGAAAUGCAUCACAGCGCUGCAUCUUAACGAAUACUUUUUUGUCUAAAACAAAAAUAUGAUUAGAUUUCAGUAACAUUUUUCCCAAAAAACGCUUAACACAGCUCCAAUCAUUCUUGUUUUUAGCAUGAUUUUUGUUGUUUUACACAUUAUUGUUCUAAUGUUGCAUUAAUAAUUUGUUUAAAAUAUCUCAUAAAAUUAUUUAAUUUAUGUGUUUAUUUAAAUUUAAUUUUCUUUUUUUUUCC